AUGAAUGCGGGGGAGUCGCAACAGUUUGAAGCGAAUGCCACAACUUCUACACCCGAACCGGAAACCGCUUCCUCGGACCAGCAGGUGGAAACUGAUGGGAUUACUGAAUACCAUGCAUUUGACCAUAACCCCCACGAGCGACCUCAUUCCUCCUCUUCUCAUGCUUCUGCUACUUUUACUGGUGAUGACGAUUAUUUCGAUCAAGAGGGCCGACAUGCCGCAAGGUCAACAUCAAGUCGCUCAUCCAUUUCUUCUUUACCGGGCUCCGUCGUCGUAUAUCCUCCAGGAAAGCAUGAUUACAACGGCACCAUUACCCCAUCGAAUUUCCGCGGGCAUUACAUGCAACAUUAUAUAGAGAGUAAUAAUGGCCAACCCAUUCCCGUGGACAGCAAGGACUUUAAAAAGAACACUUAUACCUCCCGGCUUUCAAAAAUUGCGCCUGGCGUUCGAGAUCGUGAUUCGCCUUUUAGACACCCCAGCUCAGUGCGUGCGAUGCAAAUGGGCGAUGAGGAGGAUUAUGACGGGUAUGGGUAUGAGUACGACAAUGAGAAAACUACACCAUCACGAUCUCGGAAGCGCCGGGGCAACGGCCGUGGCCAUUCGUGCCAGAGUGUGUCGGGUAUGUCGAUGCGCUCGCUGGUCUCGACGCCGCCGUCUGCUAGGUGGAAUUAUAAAUCACCAUCGACAAAGGGGGAGCCAGUACAGAAGGAGUACCCACUAGUCCUUCUUCAUUGCACUUUGCUCCCACCGUCUCUUUCACUGCCACAUGGCCUGGGAAGGCCUAGUGCGCAGCUUCUUGAGGAGAUUUUGCCGGAAAAGUACUGGGCGAGGUGGAAGUUGUUGGAGGAUAAGAUUGUCAAUUCAGGUGUGCUGAGGGAUCGCGGGUUGCUGAUAUCUCACCCCCAAGAAAUGUAUGACUUGCUUGAGGAGCGGCUAUUAGAGAGUCUAGAGUUGGUUCGGCCAAGGUUGGGAUACGGGCAUUUCCUUGGUCGGGAAGAUGAAGACAGUGCGGAUGAUGAUGAUGGGGAUAAGAAGCCUGAUGCGAAAGAGGAUUGCGGAGAUUUCAGCGAUGGAUGUGAAGGGGAACAAUGUGCUGAUUGUGGCGCACGGGUUCUUCGGCAUUUAGAAGGGGAAAAACGGAAAUGGGAAAUAAAAGUCUAUGCUGCGAAUGGACUAAUGAGAGCUGGCGCUUGGGCCGCAGCGUGGAGAGAAAUGGAAAAGGUCGACGUCGAAGUCGGAUUGGCACUCCCGGUUGAGAUAAAGCGGGAGCUAGAGCGGAGAAUUACUGAAGAGGGUAAGAUGAAGAUCGAGCAGGAACGGCGUUUGUUGGAGGAGGAACAACGGAGGAGAGAGAUAUACGGUGAACCGCCACCACCCACCCAGGAGGCAAUAGAUGGGCUCGAAGAUGAUAUGGUUCCUCCCUUUCAAUCGGAUUUUGACAGGUCAUCUCCUCCGCCUACUUUAGAACUGCCAGGGCCACGGCCAACGGUUCUCUCCGUGUCAACCUAUAAGCAUGGACAUGAGCACAAGAUAAUACCCGCCAAAUCUAAUGAGAUUGAUUUGCAGACUCUUUGCGCAAAUUACAUCCGUGUUCUCGCCAGUGAUAGACGGAACGUCGCGCUUGCUUUCCUAAGUGUUCUUGUCCUCUACUUAUCGAUUACCCUGACGAGGAGAGAAGGGGUUUUUAUACACCCCACAUCAAUCCCCCCGCAUGCCCCUCCGCCAAAUAUCUCGACGCCAAUAGCUAUUGAACGUAGCCGUCCCUCAGUCAUUGGUUUUCCUGUUAUCCCAUCCGGUCAACCAGGAUUUCCACUGAGCUCCGAGAUGGAUGACGAAGUGAUCCACACAACGUCCGCGUGUGCGAGCCCUAUAUUUGAAAUGACAUCUACUAAUGAUAUGCCAUUAGAGCAAACUCUCACAUCGCAACCCACACCAAACCGUUUUCCACAUCUUUGCCAAAGUGAAUCUCACUCUAGUGAGCCCUCGAUUCAGCCCCAAACACCAGCUGCAUUGAAACCUACGGUAGUAGCUGAAUCAAACGAUUCCUCGCCAAGGAAGCACCGUGACACCCUUUGCUCAUCAGUUCAGCAUAUUGCGCAGCCCGCUCUGCAGCCAACCAUAUUAAACCCAGAUGUCAUAAGUGAGCACCGUACUGUUGCGUCCUCCGCUCAAAUGUUAGAGUCAUCUCAGCGGCUGUUAGGCGUAGAAUGUCAGCCAUCAGCGCUGGCUUCAACAUCAACAGGAGCUGAGGGUCCAUCGGCAGAAGGGUAA